AUGUCAAUUUACGAAGAUAUUCUUAGAGCUCAAGGUAAUAUGGGAGGUAAAAAAGGCCCAUUCGGUUACCUUGCUGCCAAGAAAAAGAAGAGACCAACCAAGGAGAUCGUUUAUGACAACUGGAUGGCUUAUCAAAUCACUAUCAUGUCUGCUGAAUUGUACAAGGCUACUGACAGCAAUGGUCUAUCUGAUCCAUACGUAAGAGUUGGAAAGGUUGUAUCUGAUGGUCUCUUUUCCAAAAAGUGGGUCACCCAAACCCCAUCUAUUUCCAAGACUCUCAACCCAGUCUGGAACUAUACUGACGAAUUUUCCGUCAACACUGGCAAGAGCUCUGCUCUCACUGUUGAGCUCUGGGACAAGGACGCCCUAAAGGAUGAUUUCAUCGGUAGGGCCACACUUAUCAUCCCCACACAUCUUGGAGGAUCCGAGAGCAAGACUUUGGAAAUUUAUGAUCCAAAGAACAGCAAAAUCAUCAACGCCAAGGUCAAAAUUUCCAUCAAAUGUACUGACAAGCUCACCAAGGAUAAGUUCAAUGCCUUGUACAGUUCCUCAUCUAUUUAA